AUGGCAUUGUCCCUUGCGCACAUGGUGCGCCUUGCCAUGGUUGGCCUGAUGGCAUUCACUUCAAUUGCCUCAGCGAUGCCUGCGCCUCAAGUCCCUCGCAGCACGGUUCAGGCUCCCGACAAUGAUCCGUUCUAUCAGCCUCCUGCUGGCUUCGCAUCCAAGGCGCCUGGGACAAUCCUGAGCCAACGGGACAUCACUGCUGCAUUCUUCGGUCUCGUGCCGGUUGACGUGCAUGCCUAUCAGCUGCUUUACCGCACGACUGCAGUCAAUGGCUCGGCCAUUGCAACAGUUACCACCGUGUUCAAGCCGAAGAACGCUAAGCUCGAUCGUUUCAUUUCGUUCGCCACGGCCUACGAUAGCUCUGCGACGAAAUGCCAGCCUAGCUACGCCUACCAGCUCGGUGCGGCACAGGACAGUUUGAUCGCUUCGGUCGAGCUAUUGAUCAUUGAGAUCUACCUUGCUCUUGGUUACACCGUCGCUUCUUCCGACUAUGAGGGACCAGAGGCCGCCUUUGGACCUGGUCGCCUUGCAGGUAUGGGUGUGUUGGAUGGUAUCCGUGCCGUGAAUAAUUUCAAGACCUUGGGUCUCACCGAUAACCCCAUGGUUGUCGGUAUGGGCUAUUCAGGCGGUUCCAUUGCGACCGGCUGGGCAGCCUCUUUGCAGCCCACUUACGCGUCAGAGCUGAACAUCAAGGGCUGGGUGCAGGGUGGAACUCCCGCGAACGUCACCGGCACAAUGUAUCAGCUUGACAACACAGCCUUCAGUGGCAUACUCCCCCCAGCUAUUGUUGGUCUCUCAAAGCCAAGCGCCUACGGUGCCGAGCUGGCCCCUUUCAUCAGCAAGGUCAUAACGGCAGAGGGUCAAAAGAUCCUAGACAAGGCCGCCUCCGAAUGCUUCACUGUGGAUCUCGCGAACUUCUUCGAACGGUCAAUGUUUGACACUAGCUUCCAAACUUUGGGCAAGGAUUUCAUCUUCCACCCGAUCGCUCAGGCAGUGCUGAAACAGAACACCAUGGGUGCCAACAAGAACGAGACCCCGACGGCGCCAGCCUUUAUAUACCACGCCACACAAGACGAAGUCAUCCCUUACGCCGACGCUAAAACUAUGGUUAAUUCCUGGUGCAACUGGGAUGCGGACGUCAAGUUUACUACUUUUGCCAGCGGUGGUCAUGCGACCACUGAAAUCAUUGCCAUUCCCAAUGUCAUCAAUUUUGUCAAGAAUGCCUUUGCUGGCACGACCAAGGGUGGCUGCACCGCGAAUACUGAGCUUGGUAGCAUUCUCAACCCGCUUGCUCUUGGCGCGGAUCUUGAGCCGAUUCUUAUAAAGCUCAUUGAUGCGCUGACCCAUCUGGGUGAUCAGGACUCGAAGGUCAAGAGCAACCCCGUUAAAGUGCUCAGCACCACCCUUUGA